CCCCAUCCGCAGCCCGCGCCUGUGUCCCUCUCUCCCGAGCCAGUACACGCACCACUCCCCCCACUUCGAUCUAGCAAUCCCGGCUCGCCGGAACCCUAGCCAGCAGCCGCCAUGCCGCCGCGCCGCGGUAGGGGGAAGGGGAGGGGGAAGGGUAGGGCAAAGCCGAGAGCCAAGGCCAUCGAGCGCGAGCGCGAGCCCGAGCCCGAGCUCGAGGAAGCCGUCGAGUCCGAGAUCGAGGCGGGGGACGCGAAGGCGGAGGAGGAGUCCAGCGCCGAGAGCGAGGACGCGAAGGAAGAGGAUUCGGAGAGCGACGCCGAGUCCAUGGAUGCAGAGGCCAACGAGGAAGCCGCCGAGAACGGAGCGGAGGAGAUGGAUGCGGAGACUGAAGCCAAAGCCGGCGGCGAGGCCAAGGCUGAAGCGGUAUCCACCGAGGCGGAGGCGAAACCUGACGCCGCCUCGGAUGCCGAAGAUGAAGAGGGCGGUGAGUCUGGCUCCGACCGCGAAGCAGAUGCCAAGGGCGCUGAUCCGAAGGCCAAAGCGGAGGAGUCCGACGGCGAGGAUGAGGAGGGAGCCACCGCCGAGACCGACGGCGAGAGUGAAGAGGAAGCCGCUGAGACGGGCGGCGAAAACGAGGAGGAUGGUGGGGACUCCGACACCGAAGGUGAUGCUGAGGAAUCCCCUCCGUCCCCUCCUUCCCGCACUCGCCGCCGUAAGCGAGUGGCCACUCCCGAUGAUGAAGCAGAGGAGACCCCUACGCCGUCGCGUCGCCGGCGCCGUCGGAAGUCGGGGGAGCGAGGUGACUCUCCGCCGCCACUUCCUGACCACCUCCGCUGCCGUCGCAGCGAUGGGAAGAAGUGGCGCUGUUCGGGCCGUGCGCUCCCAACCGUUAGUUUCUGCGAGUACCACUACGCGCGGGCCAACAAGGGCAAGAAGCUACCAGCGGAUGGGGAGGUCCUUGCUGUUGCUCUUCAGAGGCAGAAGAACAAGAGGAAGGGCAGGAGGAGCAUCAAUCCGCCGAUGUCCCCUCAGGCAGCCACGACUGACCGCCAGACCAGGGAUCUCCCGAACGGACUGAUGACCAUCUCGCCAGGUAGCAGUGGACCUGCAGCACUGUCAAGUCCUGUUACUACAAAGGUUGGUGUAGAAAUUCCUGCACCUAUACAGCGGUGCUAUCGUUCCAAGAAUGCUGAGCCAUUGCCUGUUGGUCCUGUAAAGGUUGUUCCUCGUGCGAUGAGUAUGACAAAGGCAGCAGCAAGAACAUGUCACUGCUGCGGGAUAAAGAAGGCAGCGCGUGUUGCCAAUUGCAAGAACUGUGAUAAGAAUUUCUGUAACAGCUGCAUUAAUAAAUGGUAUUCUAAGUUGUCCAGGAAGGAUAUAAAGGCUCGUUGUCCAGCUUGCCGUGGUCUCUGCAAUUGUAAACAAUGCAACCUUGGUCAUACCAAGGGUGCUAUGCAUAAGGAACCGCCAAGUGGUGAAAGGAAGAUACUCAGCAUAAAAAUUUCCAACCAUCAAUUUUACAAGCUUUUACCUGUAAAACUUGACCAGGAGCAACUUGAUGAGUUGGAAUUAGAAGCUAAAAUACAAGGAACAAAAAUAUCUAAUGUCCGCGUUCAGGUUGCUGAAAAUGGUCAGAACGAGUCACUCUACUGUAAUAUCUGUAAGCUCUCUGUGAGCCAAUUCUUGAGAUGCUGCCCAACAUGCCCUUUCAAGCUGUGCCUAAGUUGCUGUCAGAAGAUACGUGAAGGAAACAUGUCGGACAGCACACCCGAAGAUAAAUUCAAGAACCGGCUGCUUCAACAAGAGUCUGUCCAUGAGGAUGGCAGCAUUACUUGCCCUUCGAUUGAGCUGGGUGGCUGCGGUGACGCCAUGCUGAACCUGAUAUAUGCAUCUCCAUCUAGCCAGUCUGAAGAGCUCAGUUCAGAUUGUGAGCUAGAUGCUGCAGGCAAUCAUUCUGGAGUGAAGGAUGCUCAGGUUCAUGGUUCACCUGUACCUGAGAGUAAUGGAAGAUUAUCAGCAGCUGCCCAGACAGAAACAAUGUCCACAUAGUCUCUGAAGAUGCAGUUCUCGUUGGCUCAUCUUUCAGGUGGGAGCGCAAGCUGACUUGUUCAUUACCAUGAAGCCUGAAGAUGUGUAUGAUAUGGUCAGACUUUGGUAGAGGGUAGUUUGCCUGAUUAGGUUGCUUGAUUUAGCGCGGUUAUUGGCCUAUAUGGCCAUUGAUUUUAGGCCUGUGACCAGUGGAUAAUUUUAAUUGUUGUGUUCGUCUUUGAUCCGGGAGUCAUUAUGCUAAACAUCGUUGUACAUAUGGGUAUGACUUUAUUUUUGACAUUACCGAGAGGCGAGAGCUGAUGGAAUGGUUGUAUUGCCGUUCGUUUAAGGGAUUACCUGGUUAUCUGUCCAUCAGUAUUCAGUAGCGCA